CGCACACACGCAUCCGGAAAUAAACACACAAAUGAAGGAGUCACAAGUACAGCAGCUCAGAGUUAGAAAAUGUGCACCUCGGGGCAAAGACACUCCUGUUAGCUUCAGAAACACCUCAUUGGAUGAAACUCCUUGAAAACAAUCUCCACAUUUAUUACUUCUUCCUCCACCGGUGAAGAGUCAGGAGUUUCUUCAUCUCUUUAGAAGACCACCGCAGUGUUAAUCAUGGGGAGAAGAGGAGCAACACACACAGAUCAAGAUUUCAGUUUUGUCAGUCCUGUUGUCAAAUACUUACUUUUCUUCUUCAACACGAUAUUUUGGAUCAUCUCAGUGGUGCUGAUGUCCAUUGGUGUGUACGCCAGAAUAAGUAAACAUGACAUGGCACUGGCCUGUUUGACAGUGGAUCCCUCCCUUCUGCUGCUGAUCGUUGGAGUUUUCAUGUUUUUUCUCACGUUCUGCGGCUGUGUGGGUUCUCUCCGGGAGAACAUCUGCCUCCUGCAGACGUUCUGCAUCUGCUUGACAAUCAUCUUUUUACUACAGUUGGUUGCUGGAAUUUUAGGGUUCGUCUUUGCAGACAAGGUGCGCUAUAAAGUGACUGAAAUGAUCGACAAUGCAAUCAGACAUUACCGAGAUGAUCUGGACCUACAGAACCUUAUUGACUUCGGACAAAAAGAGUUUGACUGCUGUGGUGGGGUUUCUUUCAUGGACUGGUCAGAGAACAUCUAUUUCAACUGCACGAAGGAGAACCCGAGCCAAGAGAGCUGUGCUGUUCCUUUCUCCUGCUGCCUCAUCUCUAAAGACGAAGCUCUUAUAAACACCAUGUGUGGAUAUGGAAUGCAGAAGCUAGAGAUAAUAGAAGCCAGUACUUUCAUCCACACCAACGGCUGUGUUGACAUACUCGUCAACUGGAUCCACACCAACCUGUUUCUGCUGGGAGGCAUAGCACUGGGUCUCGCCAUCCCUCAGCUGGUGGGAAUCCUGCUCUCUCAACUCCUGAUUAACCAGAUCAAAGAUCAGAUUCAACUACAGGACUACAACCUGCAGCACCUCUCGGACCCAUGGAGCUGAACGUACUAUUGCAAAUGUCUGCCGCUCAGCUUGGACAAACCUUAAUACAGUCGGGAUGAAGCUAAACUUAAAGACAUGCUGUAGACAUAAUGUGUCCCUAUAUAACAGGCAUGUCCAGAGAUUUUGGAGUUUUCAGAAGGAUGGAAACCUCAGGUGAUCAUUACAUUUUAUGAAUGAUGUCUUUUUCUAUCAAAGGCCACCUGAAUACUUUUGUAGGGUGAAAACAAAAUCACCUUUUCAUGUUGUAAGGCAACAGAUUUGGAAGCUUCUGAUAUAAAAAAAAAACAAAAAAAAACGGUCGGUCGACCGAUAGUGGAUUUUAGCGAUACCGAUCGCUAGUUUGGAUCAUAUUUGCCGAUAAGCAAUUAAUCAGUGGAUAGUUUUUAAAUGAAGACUGGAUACAUAAAAAUCCUUGAAAAAAAAACCCAUUAUGAAAAUGUUCUAAAUUCAAGAAAUAUGGAUAUAUGAAUUAUAUUCAUAAAUAUUGAGGAAAAUAAAAGACAUGCUUCAAACUGAAACAGAAAGUAACACUAAAUGAAUAAAAACAAUUACUAAAUCAAAAAUGAAUAAAAAUUAAGAAACUUCAACAAACAGCACGUGGUGUCAGUGAUUCGCCUCUAGAGGCCGCUCUCGUACUAUAUGAUGGUAACCUGGAAAAACUCAGUAUGGAUUUUUGCCAUUAGCUAAUAGUUCCAGCAAUCAACUAUUGGUGCUGAUUAAUUGGCAUAAUCGAUGAGUUGCUGAGUGUUCCUUUGCCAGAAUUACUGAAACAUGGACACCUAAAUUCAGAAAAGGAAAUCAUGUGAAAACAGAAUUUCAGGAUGGGUUCAGUGUGCUGGAUUCAUGUACACUUAGACCAAUCUGUCUGUCUGUCUGUCUGUCUGUCUGUCUGUCUGUCUAUCUAUCUACCUGUCUGUCUGUC